AGCAGCUCUCCCUCGACGACCACAACCACGACCACGACGUUCGUCACUCGCUGCCUUUCGCGAAUACUGCUGCAACCUCGUCUCACAUGGCUCAGCGCGAACAGCUAGCAUCCACGGCACGCUUCCUGCAGUAUCGGCAGCAGUACCUAGAGAAAUCAGGUCACCGCGAAGCAGCGCUCCCGCCGCGCCGCAUGCCCGCCGUGCCCGACCUGCGCUUCGAACAGAGCUACCUUGCGAGCAUCAAGCCUUACGUGCACAUUGAGCGCUCUGUCGUAGAACAACCUGUGGUAGACGAGAAGGGCAAGGGAAAGGCGGCUGAGUUGCCGGGCGAGGGCGAUGGGUCCGAGGUCACGACGGAGGUCAUCACCGUUCAAUGGGGAAGAGUCACUUGGAUCACUACGAGAGAUCAAAUCAUCAGUCCGCUUCUGCAAGGCGCGUUGAGAGGCCUUGCGGGCGUGUUCCUCACCCCACUGCUCUUUGACGCUGGAGCGAAGUUCCGUGCAUGGUGGGCGAAGGGCGCAUACCGUCUCGACAGACCCGCGCAGGAGGGCCACGGUGUCGGCUGGUUACGCAACUGGAUCGGUAGCUUGACAGUCGCGGGCGGUCCGACUGCCCGUAUGUCAUGACACAAGCGACAGUGUCUGUGCCUAUUCUGCAGCGGCACAUCUAGAUGGUUGAUCUCGAGGGCGACGCGAGAGGGGGACUGCCGCGGGUUCAACGGCAUCUACAGAAUCAUCACGCUGUUCUUCAUGCACGCGCUCGUGCACUGCCGCUGACGUACGAAGAUACUCCUGCGAUCGAGUUGAUGUUAAACGUCGAGCGCCACCACGACUUCCACAUCCGUAAAGAUCGUUGGCAGUCGAAGCACUCCGGUUACCCUCAUCUCCGUCCGUCGUGGGCGGUUUGCCUAAAGAAGUCUCACCCUAUUUAUCGAGUUCCACCUUCGCAAGAUCC